UGCUUGUGUUACGUUAUGCAUUUCAUGUGCGAGGCCCUUUAAGUCGAAUUUGCGGUAGUUUGGUUAUGUUUUUAGUGUGACAUAACGUAUCGUGAUUUAAAUGCCAUAACAGUUGGGUUAGCUUUGAGAUUCGUAUAAUGAUAUUAUUGUGACUGAUAUAUCUGCAGAGAUUUGACAUGAGUGCUCAACAAAUAGUUCAGCUUCCCCAUAAGCUUAAGGCAGCUCUUAGAUUGUUCACAUCCAAGUUUAAUGAAGUCGGUAUUAAAAUUAAGAACUACGAAAUGCCUGAAAAGAUUAAAGGCACAAUUCUUGAACGCUGGGCGAAAUAUUGGCACGGUCUUUAUGUAGAUUACAAGGAUGUCGCAUUUGACAUAGCCAAGGAUUGCAAGGAGCAUCCUGUACGUGCCUCAAUAUAUAUUAUGUUUUUAGGAGGUUGCUUCUAUUCUAAUCAACAUAAUCCAGAUGAGACUAUGUUCAGGGAUCAAUUGAUACAAAGUAAUCUAAAACUAAUACAAGUGGGAGAAGCCAUACGCAAUCCUGUUUCUGUGCAACAUGUAAAAUGGUUGGAACAAUGCUACAACGAAGGAUUAAUCAGGAGACUAAAUUUAGGCAUCAUGUCUUUAAUUUGGUUAGAUAAUUAUGACAAAGAUUGUUCUUUUUAUAAGGCUGUUUGUCCUUAUCUAAAGCCACGAUAUAUGACUUUUCAUGAAAGAAUAGUAGAUAUAGGUUUCCUAGAAAAAUGGUGGUUAUUAGAAAAAAAAAUGAAAGACUAUGAUGUAAAUGAAGCAGAAUUUAGUGUUGUGGAAGCUAUGAAUAAUACAGACACUGCUUCAACAUAAUUUUUGAAAAAUUUUAGGAAAAAAUUUUCUUGUAUUAUUUAUGUAAAAAAUAUAUAAUUUUGUAAAUUUUUGAAAAACAAUAUAUAUUUGUAAAUUAGUAACUCAGAUACAAAAUAUCCUAAAGAUAAAGAUCUGUCUAAAAUAACUACUUGUAAAUACACAGGGGCAAUUAAAGGGUGCACCCAGAAAUGCUCACUGAGCAGCUAAGUAACACUUGAAGUGAUUAGGUGGAUCCAGAGGUAAAAACCAAUCAUCUUCAAGUGCUCAGUAAGCAAGUGCUCUUCUGGAUGUACCUAAUGAUUACAUUUGAAUAAAUUAAAACAUGAUAAAUCAACUUUUCCGAUUAUCUUUUCUGCUUAUAAAAUAUAUUAAAAUUGGUGACUUAGAGUAAAACGACAAUGUCUGAAAAAAUAAAUGUGUAAGCAUUUACUGUAAUUGUUUCGUAAUAGAAAUCUAAAGAUAUAGUUAUAUUCAAGUUUUUUUUCAGAAUUUAUCACAAUAUAUCUCUUUAGACGCAAAUUUUCCAAGUAUACAUAUACAGGGUGAUCCAUAAUGGUUGGAACAACUAUUUACUAUGAGACAUAACUUACUGACUUCACUCCAUAUAAAUUACAUAAAGUGCAGUCGGUAAGUCAUUUCUUAUAGUAAAUAGUUAUUCCAACCGUUAUGGAUCACCCUAUAUGUAUACAUACAUAUAUAUAUAGGGGAGAGUGGGGUAAAUCGGACCGUUUUCCAAAUCAGACCUUUUUAAUUUAAAUGAAUACGGUUAAGCAGAUUUGCGUGCCAUUUAUAAUGUAAAGUUUUUAUAAGACAUCGAACAUGUGACAGUAGUUUGACAGUUCUCUAUACAUCAUUUACAAAAUAGAUGCAAAUAUGUAUUUUCAGCCAUUGUGCAAAAAUUUAAAAAAAAAA